UUAUGAGAUUGUGUUGGAAGCCAGCAAAGUCAAAUUUUUUUCGACAAAGUCUUAUUACGGGAGGAAAAUUAAAAAAAUAUUUUGUAUUUUAACUCAAAUAAUUUUAUAUCGAAAAAAUCAUUUUUAAUCAUACAAUAAAAUUAAUUUAUAUUAGAGAUAUAUAACGUUUUUUUAAAGCAGCAUUUGCAAGAAUUCGUAAGCAGUGAUUUUUGAAAAUUCUAUUACGUUGCCUGUAUUUCGUGCACACAAAAUUGUGGCAUUCAUCUCAAAAACCACAAAUUUAAUUGUAAAGUUGAAGAAACAUAAAAUUAAGUUUUUAUACAAAAGGUUUGAAAAACAAGAGUAAACGAAAGAAAAAAGGAUCAAGGAGUGAUAUAUAGCACAAAGUUAGCUCCAGUGAAGCGAAUUUUCUUUGCUUUAACAAAUUUUUAAUUGAAUUGCUUUUCACAAAAGUUUUUCGCAUUUUUCAAUUACCAUAUUUUUAAAAUAUAGCUAUCAAUAAAAAAUAUUGCUGGUCUUACAAAAAAAUUUUUUUGUAAAAAAAAGAAUUUAUUAGACACAGUAUUUUUUUAAUAGUAAAAUUUGAUCGAAUUCCUAGUAAAAAAAGCGAUAUCAAAGCACUUCAUUGAAUUCAAUUAUCGAGGGCAACAUGAAUGUAUUGAAUAAUAGUAGUGAUGAUGUAGUAGAGUGUCCACUUUGUAUGGAACCACUGGAAGUUGAUGAUUUAAACUUUUUCCCAUGUACUUGUGGCUAUCAGAUUUGUAGAUUCUGCUGGCACAGAAUCCGCACCGACGAAAAUGAACUAUGUCCAGCUUGUCGAAAAGCAUAUCCGGAAAAUCCAGCGGAUUUUACUCCUUUAUCCCAAGAGCAAAUAGCAGCUUUAAAGGCGGAGAAACGACAGCGGGAUCAACAGCGGAAGCAAAAAAUUACUGAAAAUCGGAAGCAUCUAGCAAAUGUUAGAGUUGUUCAGAAAAAUCUUGUAUUUGUUGUAGGUUUACCACCAAGAUUAGCAGAUGCGGAUAUUUUGAAAAAAUAUGAGUAUUUUGGUAAAUACGGCAAAAUACACAAAGUUGUGAUAAACCCUAGUACAACAUAUGCAGGGGUUCAGGGGCCCUCAGCGUCAGCGUAUGUAACGUAUGUUCAUAAUAAUGAUGCCUUACGUGCUAUACAAUCUGUUAAUAAUAUUAUGAUAGAUGGCCGUCUAAUAAAAACAAGUUUAGGUACUACAAAAUAUUGUAGCCAUUUUAUGAAGAAUCAGCAAUGUCCGAAAAGUGAUUGCAUGUAUCUUCAUGAGUUAGGGGAUUCUGAAGCUAGUUUUACAAAAGAAGAAAUGCAUCAGGGUAAACAUCAAGAAUAUGAGAAAAGAUUACAUGAUGCACUCAUAGCAUCGUCAAGUGUACUAGGUACGAAUUCUACACAAUCACCGACAGUGCCAAUACCAAAUAGCGGUGGAGCCAAUGUUGUUAUAACUAAUAACAACCAUAUUAACAAUUCCAAUAGUAAUAUAAAUGGAAAUAGUAACGGUCCUGCUCACAAUAAAGAAGCAUGGCCGAGUCUUUCUGUUUCGCCAGUUAACAACAUUGAAAAAGAAAAAGAGCAACUAAAAUUAAAUACUAAAAACAGCAAAAAUUGCGGAAGUGGCGGUAAUAAUAAGGAAAAUAAUAAAAAACAUGAUAAAACGAAAGGCGAGAAAAAGUCACAAAAAAAUCAAAAAUCUAAUAGUAAUAACAACAAUAAUAGUUGUAAUAAUAAUCAGAAUAAAGAAUUGAAAGAAUCUGUUGGACUUAAAGAAAAUAAUGCGACGAACAUACAAAUCGUUUCUGAACAACAACCGGUAGUGAAUAAUGGGCAAGAUCUUCACAAAACGGAUAAAACAAUAGUUAAAGAGCCUCACAAAAACCGUGUAAAUAGUUUAGACGAUGAAAUUAAUUUCAUUGAUCAAUUGGAAAAGGGUGAUUUCAUUAAUAGUGAUGAUAAUAAUAUAAAAGAAAUAAAUGGCAAUAGCAGUGGUGGUAGAUCCUUAAGCUCUUCGUCAUCCACAUCUUCAGCUUCGUCGUCAGUAUUUACAACUUCUGCAUUGUCAUCUUCUUGUAAUUCUGAUAGUGUUGGGUCUUUAAGCGAAACUGCCAGCGGUAAAAGUUCCCCUGGAAAUUUUUCGGAACAUGUUUCAACAACGAAUUUAAAACAGCAGUCUAAACAAGUGAAUAAACAACAACAAAUUCCUGAUUCCAAUGUACAUUUAGAAAAUAAUAGUUCACAAAAAGUGCCGGAGAAUAUACUUAAUCAACCAAAUGUAAUGGGGAUAGCAGCAGAAAAAAAUAGUAAACAACCAUUACAGACAAAUGAUACCAAUAGUCUUAUUGAUACUUCAGAUUGUCUAUCUAGGUUAAGUUUAUUCGACGAUAAUAAUAGUUUUUUCUCAUCAUCAUCUUUCCAACCUCUAAUUAAAGGAAAAUUAGAUAAUGAGAGUAGAACUUUAAUGAAUAAUCAUUUGAAUAGUGCAAUUUCAUCCCAUUUACCUGACUUAUUGAGUGGUAUCGACAACUAUAAUACAAAUAAUUCUUUAAAUAGUAACAAUGGAGCGCAUAUGGGAGGAUUAGAAGAUUGGGAAGCAGCUUUCAAGUUUGUCCUAAUGCGUAAUAAUAAACAAAUAGAAGAUCAACAACAACAACAGCAUCACCACCAACAACAUCAACACCAACAACACCAUCAAGAAGAGCUCAUGAGAAUUCAAGAAAUGCAAAAACGAAACAAUCUGUUGAACAGUAUUGGUAUGAAUCAAAUAAGUGGUUUUAAUGAUUUUGCUAAUACAGAUUUUGGAGGCUCUGACUUAAAUCGACUAACACAACAGGCAAUAUUCCAUCAACAGCAGCAUCAUCAGCAACAGCAAAGGCAAACAACAAACUUGCAACAUAAUGAAAUUUUAAACAACAGUUUAUUUGGCUCAACUAACAUGUCCAAAUUUUUUGAUUUUCACAAAACUCAACAACAACAACAGCAGCAACAACAUCAACAACAACAUCAACAACAACAUCAACAACAACAUCAACAACAACCACAACAACAACCACAACAUCAUCAACAUCAGUAUAUGAUAAAUGGAAUGGUUAAUGGGUUUAUGAAUGAUCAUCGUGAACAUUUAAAUAUUACUGGUAUUUUGGAUAGUAACCGAUGUUCACAACUUCUAGAACAUGGGAAUGGUCUGACUGGACAACAAUUACAAAAACAAAGGUACAAUAAUAAUAAAUAUGAGGCAAUCAGCGGACAUAAUCAUCAAAUACUAUUAAAUAAUCAAAAUAGUAAUUCGCAGCAGCAAUCACAGAAUCGUAUUCCAAAUCAAUAUAAUCAAAAUUCAAGUGUUGACGAUGAUUUAGGUUUUGACCCAUUUAUUGAAACACAAAAAGCCUUAGCAGAACUUAUGGAAAAUGAAAAUCAAACAGCUCUUAGUACUAAUAGUACAGGUCAUAACAGUAAACAACAAAGCAUCUUGGAUAAUUGUCAAAGAACACGAAUGCCUCCACCAGGUUUUAAUCAUAUGAAUCACAUGAAUGCUUUUGGUUUUGGCGUGCCCAGGGCACAAGGUAGUAAGAUAUUACCAUUCAUGAGUGCUAAUGGGGGUAAUGGUGGAAAUAGCGCUUUAGGCCCUAAUAAUGGUAAUGGAAUUACAUCAAAUAUGCAACAACAACCAAAUAAUUGGCCACAACACCUAGGAUUUAGCCAAAGUCCUCAGUUAAAUGAUCAACAAAUGCAACAACACUUACAAAAUGGUAAUAAUAAUUUAAAUAAAUCAGGUUAUGGAAACGUUCCUGAUUGGACUGCUAUGGACCCAGCAAUAUUAUCAUUCCGUCAAUUUCCUUUUUCAUCACAUCAGCAGCAACAGCCGCAACAUAACGAAAUCUUUAUGCCACAUUUGAAUCAACAGAAUUUACAACAAUCCGGUCAAGGUUUUGGUCAUCAUGGAGUUAAUAAUUUAUUAAAUCAACAAAACUCCCAAGCUCAGAUGAGUUUCCCAUCGCAUUCUUCAAAUUGGUUAAAUAAUGAUCAAAGUUUGUUCAUGAAUAGUUUAACAAAUGGUUAUAAUAAUACAAAUAAUUAUGAUAAAUAUUCUAUUCCAAUGCCACCAGGUAUUCAUUCAAAUAACAUGAGUUGUAUGCCGGGAAAUAAACAGCAGAAAACUGAAUGCAUUAAUUAAAUAAAGUUGUAAUAUCUGAAAAUAAGCAAAAAUCUAGAUAUUUCAAUAUGCCGAUUUUUGCUUUUUAAUUUUUCGCAAUAUUCAAUUUUUUUUCCUUUAAAUUAAAAAUAUUUAUAACAAAUGUUUUAACACUAUUACUACUUUGGCGACUAGUAAAACAUUUUAUAUAUUAAACACAGAUUUUUUUUUUUUUGAUUUUUAAAACAAUCUACAAUUUUGUAAACAACACUCUUAAAAUAAAAAUGUAGAAGUAGUGUAAAAUUAGUUCUUUUUUAAAAAAUUAAAAAAAAGCGAUAUUUAAAAAAAAACUUAGCGCUGCAGUACGAAAAUAAAUCAAUAUGAAAAAUAAAUAUGAAAAGUUCGAAAAUUUGUUUAUCAGAUUACAAAAAACGAAUAGCACAAAAAAUUUAAGAUUUAUUAUAAUAAUUCUUAAUUACAUAGUGUGGUUGGAAUCACAGAAUCACAAUCAUCGUUUAAAAAAUUUUUUUUCCAAUUUUGUUUGACAAUUUCAAAAUAAACUAGAAAUUACGCCAAAAUACAUAUGCAUAUUUUCCUUAUUCGUGCAGAUUGUGAAAAUAUUUUUGUAUUUUGAACACUGAAAUUAAGCAUGAAUACAUAUAAAUACAUAUUAAACCCCUAUGGUAUGCAAAGUGUAUAUCGAAGCUUAAAUUCAUUCUUUACUCCUAAGAAAGAGAAUCCCCAUUUUUAAUAUCUUCAAGUUUUUUUUACGUAUAUUUAAGUUUAUGCAACAAGUUAAAGAAAAAAUGAAUUUAUGUACUAAAAGUUUUUGUUGUUAAUAUUUUCAUUAUUUAUAUCUUAUGGAUAUUUUUCUAAAUAUUUUAAACUUUCAUAGGUAAUAAAAUAUUCCCUUUUUUUAUACUCUAUGCCUAUCUAUAAGACAUUUAAUAUACUAUAUAAAAUUUUUGAUUUUAAUAAGAUUUUCAAAUUAGUGAUACUGAAUGUCCAAACUACAUUUAACCAGAAAGAAUUACAGUAAAAAAAAUUACAAAUUAAAUGUUUAAAUUCUAAUUUGUUAUUGUAAAUAAUUUAACGCGUUUGAACUGACGAUCACUUUCGAUGAAAAUGUGUAAAUCAAACAAAUUUUCAGAAUGGGGAAUGAUUCUAAAAUAAAUUUGAUUGUAUUUUUUUACCAUGAAGAAUAAAACGGUAAUGUAUAACUAAAAAUCUGUUCAAAAACAAAAGAAUUGGUUUGUAAAAUAAUACACUUAAUAAAAUUAAAUUUAUUUCCAAUAAAAUUGUGAUUCAACACAUGAAAAGUUUAUUUGUGAUUGCCUUUCUAUACUAAGUUAAAAUAUCAUGUGAAAAACAUGCAUUUAAAAUAUUACUGCAAUAAUUGGAUUGGAACUAAAAGUUGCCAACAUUUUGAACUCAUAACAAAUUCAAUAAAAUCAAUUCAAUUGAAUAAAAAUUAUUAAAUUUCUUAUUUUACGUUUUUUUUAAAGUAACUAUUGUUUUAUAAAACGCUAAACAAUAUAUUGUUAUAUAUUAUAAUUAAAUAAAUUUAUAAUGUAUAUUUAUGUACUUAUAUACCAUAUACAUAGUGUGUAGAUCCUGCAUAUGUACACAGGGUAACUAGCGUCAAAUGUAAAACGAAGAUCCACCUAGAUUUCUUCCGAAAAGCCCUGUAUAUAGUUUUGUGAAUUCAAACGCAUAUGUUUGGAUAUUUUUUCUAUCAGUAUGUAUAUAUGUAUAUAUAAUCUUAACACCUUAAAAGUAAAAGAAAAUAUGAAUAAAUUUGCAAAUUAUGAUUAAGCAACUAAGAAAUUAUAUUAAAUGUAUAAAAGCUUAAAAAUGUCUUUGAGAAAACUUAUUACUGCUGUUGAAAACGAAAAGAUUAAAAAAACAAAUUAUAUAAGAAUAAUAUUGCUGCUCUUAAAAUUAACAAAAAAAUUAUAUACUUUGAAAUUAUUACUAUUUUAUUAUUAUAAUUAUUAAUGCAAGAAUAAAUUAAAUCUUUAAAAGAAAAUAAAAAAAUGAUGGAAACAUGUAUCUAUAAUCCGAAAAAUUUUAAUAGAAAAU